AUGUGCCUGAUCCCCUUGUCCUCUUUUCCAGCUACUUCCACCAAGCUGGUGUGCUACUUCUCCAACUGGUCCCAGUACAGGCCUGGGAUUGGGAAAUUCACCCCUGCCAACGUGGACCCAUUCCUUUGCACCCAUGUGAUAUACAAUCUCGCCACCAUCAAAGGCAACCAGAUCACAACCAUCGAGUGGAAUGAUGAGGAGAUGUACAAGUCUCUAAACAACCUGAAGACCAUCAACCCCCUGAUGAAGACCCUACUGUCCGUUGGGGGCUCCGACAACGGGAUGAGCUCGUUCAUCGGCAUGGUAGCCACAGCAGAGAAUCGUCAGGUGUUCAUCAAGUCGGCCACUCAGUUCCUGCGUCUGCACGGCUUUGAUGGUCUGGACCUGGCGUGGGAGUACCCGGGACAAAAUGGCAGCCCCCCUCAGGACAAGCAGAGAUUCACAGCUCUGGUUACGGAGCUCGCAAAAGCUUUCGAGGAAGAGGCCAAGGAUACCAGGAAGACCAGACUCCUGCUCUCAGCAAAGGUGGCAGCCAUUAGAGCUACGAUAGAAUUUGGCUAUGAGAUCCCCCAGCUGUCAAGCCAGCUGGACUUCAUCAGCGUCAUGAACUACGACUUCCACGGACACUGGGAGAUGCAGACAGGACACAACAGCCCCCUCUACCAGAGCUCCCUGGAUCUGGGAUCCCUCGAUAGGGAGCAUCGCAACAUCGACUCUGCUCUGACCUACUGGAUAGAUAACGGGGCCCCUGCAGAGAAGCUUCUCAUGGGUUUCCCCACCUACGGGCGAACGUUCGAACUCACAUCCUCCAUGACCGGUCUGGGUGCCCCAUCCUAUGGGCCAGCCGCUGCUGGGCCCUACACCAGGGACGCUGGAUACUGGUCUUACUACGAGGUCUGCUCCUUCAUCACAAUUGGCACUGUUAGCUGGAUUGAGGAGCAGAGGGUUCCAUAUGCUACUCAUGGUGACGCAUGGGUGGGCUAUGACAACAAGGAGAGCUUUACAAACAAGGUUCAAUGGCUACAGGGUAACAACUUGGGGGGUGCCUUUGUGUGGUCACUGGACCUGGAUGACUUUGGAGGCCAGUUCUGCGCUGAUGGGAAAUAUCCCCUUGUUAACCACCUCCGCAACUCCCUUGGCUUCGCGCCCAAACCGACCACCACAGCUGCUCCCACCACCACCCCCGACCCCGUGGCUUCCUUCUGCGUUGGCCGGCCCGACGGGCUGUACGCCAACCCCAACGACAAGACCACCUACUUCCAGUGCUUCCGUGGAAACACCUACAUCCACAGCUGCCAGCCAGGCCUGGUCUAUAUCGAUGCCUGCAAGUGCUGCAACUGGCCCUAGGGGGAAGCAGAUCCUCCUGACGGGCCUCCCAUAGACAAUCCGCUGUCCAUGUGUCCAUGUUUUACAGGCCUUUCAUCACAAACCCCAUUGUCCCUGUCUCUCCACUGCUUACCUACUGGCUCAGAAACCUGAUUCCAAGUUAAAAUGGCUGAUAUAAUACAAAUAUUAUAUUUUUUGGGACAGAAUACCAGCAUAGGGAAAUAU